AGAGGGGGCGUUGCCUCUAAAAGGGGAGUGGGCGUGGCGUCUCCUUGGCGCACCCGCUUUCCUUCGGUGUCUAUGUGGUUUCGUUCCACGUAGGAACUCCAAGGGGACCAGCCAAUCGCCUUGGAGAGGGGUGUGGCGGGACGCGCGCGCGCACAGUUCUGAGGUGACACGGCGAAAGGGCGGAGAUGGUGGCCGAGUGGGUCCAAUCCCAUUCGCACCGCUGCUGCCCGGUCAGGAGGAACGUCUUCGGGUUAGCAGCAGCAGCUGGCGUUGCUGGGCUCAGGAACAUGAAUAUGAUGAUACAUCUCAGGAGUUGCAGAAUCUAUCUUCUCUGCUGCCUCGUCUUCGCUUGCUUUAUCUCCUCUUUAGCAGAAGACCAUGCAGCUGGGAGCCAUCAAGCAAAUGUGCGACUUGAUAGAAACAUGGUGCAAGAUAAGGACCACAUCAUGGAACACUUAGAAGGCGUAAUUGACAAGCCAGAAUCUGAAAUGUCACCACAAGAGCUACAACUUCAUUACUUCAAAAUGCAUGAUUACGACGGCAACAACUUGCUUGAUGGGCUAGAGCUCGCCACUGCAAUAUCCCAUGUACAUAAAGAGGAAGGUGGUGAACACACCCAGAUCAUGAAAGAGGAUGACCUCAUUAGUUUAAUAGAUGAUGUCUUGCAAGAUGAUGACAAAAACAAUGAUGGCUACAUUGACUAUGCUGAGUUUGCAAAGUCACUGGAAUAAAAAGAAGACUCUCCUUGUCUGUGUGCCCAAGUACAAUGUGAUUCUUUACUGUCUGUCUCUUGGCUCUUUGACCCUUUUUGCUGCAAAACUAAUGAUAGGAAAAUGUCUUGUUUUUCAACUGCUUAUUUCUUAAAUGUUGGAGAGAGAAAGAAAUUUGUGAUGGAAGCUGUUUAUCUCGUUAGCUAACAAUAUUGAGCAAUAUAGUACAUUCUCCCUGUUAGUGAAUUAUUUGGGAGUUGGCUUAAAUACUCAUUUCAAAGACUUAUUUCCGAAGGAUACUAUCCUAUGCACAUUUUCUUGGGAGACUGGAUGGGGUUUACUUCCAAGUAAAUAUGCAUGGGAUCAGGCUGCAAGUCACUUAACUCUGGAAUAACUUUGGGAGACAUCCAGUAAACGUAAUUCACAAUUCGUGCUUACUCUUCAAAUGGCUUCGAGUUCACCAUUAACUUUGCAAGAAUGGGUAUGAUUCAGGAAGAUUUGAAUCCCUUUCAAGAGCCAUUGAUAUCCAUGCUCAGUAUAUGCUGAAGUCUCCUUAAAACAGCUUAAACUUUGGACUGUGCCCUGUAUCAUUGCACACACUACUUUUCCAUUGUUCCCCUUUGGUCAGUUUUAUAGCACAGUAUUUUACUGGGUUUUGCUCUACCCAAAAUUCUUUAUAAGAGAACUAAUUUUUGUAGUAUGUACAUUUUUGUUUUGUGCUGUGUGUAUUCUACACCAGUAUUUUAUUUCAGAGUUUGUCUUUGGAAAGUGUCGGUUGAUACUGCUGUUCAAUAAGGUCUUCUACCUAGAAUUGUUCCUGUAUUAGCUAGCUAAAUGUUAUAAUUGCAGUUCAAUGCUGCCUUGUUAAGGUUCUUAAAAGCAUACCGUGAUGCACAUUCAUGGUGACAGUGUUAACUAUGGAAACACUUUGUAUUUUUCUAAUACAAAGAGAGUCUUAGAUACUUGAAUGGUCUGCAUAUUUAAAAUGAUUCUGGGACUAUGCACAACUUCUGGUUCUCGGCUACUCAACAGCCUCCUGCAGAUCUCAAGUGUUGUUUGGCUGUCUUGAUGUUUGACCUGCUGUAUAUAGCAGAGUGGCAAGCAUACAUUUUAUCAAGCCCUGUAGUUUGCAAUCAGAAAACCAAAAUGUAAAUUGUAUAAAGACCUAUUUUCUGUAUAAAUUUAUUCUUAUACAAGGUGCAUUUGUAAAAAAUGGCUUCCUUUUGUGAAUUGUGUCAUGAAAGCUGUGUGUACUAUGUUCUUGUAUAAUGAUUGAUGCUAAAUACAAGGUAAUAAAUUCAAAGUACUGCAACUUCUUGCUCCUCACACUCAGGAGAAUAAAGUGAUUGCAUAUUUUUGCAAAUAAAAAGUACACUUAAUGCCCA